AUGGCAUGGCCAUAUGAGUUUCUCGACCUGACAAAGGACGAGAAGCAUGCAAGACGCUUGGCCUUGGACAGAUAUGCAUCUUUGGCACAGCUCCUGGUCUUUGCACCCACGUUCGUAGCUCUGCUGGCGAGGCUCUGCGUGUGGGCUGUCGCAAGAGCCAAGACCACCAAGGGCGACUACAAUGCCAUUCCGGCCUCUCCGUCGCUCAAGCUCAAACGGACGAGCAUCCGGGGAGGAUGGGCCGCGACUGCGAGGAAGUUCAAGUGGUGGCUGCAAGACGACAUCGUCUUCCGCGGCCAGAACUGGGGCCAGCGGGAUCAAUGGAUAUUUGGGAUCCUCUGGGCUGCCGUGUUACUCGUGCUAUGCGUCGUCGGCACCGGUAGAGACUACCUGCAUCUCACCAAGCGUUUCGGUAUCAUUGCGGCCUCUCAGAUGCCACUGCAAUAUCUCCUGGCGCUCAAGUUCCUGAACCCUUUUGCCUUCGUUCUCCGCUCGUCUCAUGAGCAGGUUAACAGAUGGCACAGGGUGUUGGGACGCAUCAUUUACGGUCUUCUCUGCCUCCACGCGAUGUUCUAUCUCAACUACUUUUACCACCACAGCAUCACCAAGAAGCGCCUUAUCGCUCCUAUCGUUGCUGCUGGAGUAGCAGGUUUUAUCGGCUUGACUCUGUUGAGCUCUACAUCGCUGUCCUUCAUACGGCGUUACUCGUACCGGGUCUUUUUCAUCACCCAUCUGGUCGUCGCAGUCCUGAUGCCACCCAUGAUUAUCUUGCACGCCAGACCGUCCAAUCUCUACAUGGCGGAGGCUCUCAUCGUUUUUGUCUUCGAUCUGGCGGCGCGAAAGACGAGCACCAUCGCUUCUGAUGCGACCGUCGAAUCGAUUCCAGGUACCAAUUUGGUCAAGAUCUCGGCAGCCAUUCCCUACAACAGGAUCAACAGCUUUCGAGAGCACCCCGGAUCACAUAUCUAUCUCAGCAUACCCGCGGCUGCGCGUCCGUCGUCGAACCCUGCUUCCAUCAACUACCUUCUUUUCGAGUUCCUCUUCAACCCAUUCACGGUCGCCGCCGUCGACGAGACCACGGGCGACCUCACCCUUGUGGCCCGUCAUCGGACUGGGCCGCUGACUGCCGCCUUGGCACGCUUUGCCCAUGGCAACAGUGGAGGCAAUGCGAGCGCACCAAUCGAAAAGACCAAGAUGCCUCUGGCCAUCGAGGGCCCUUAUGGCGCAGUCACCCACUUCCCCAUCCUUUCCGGCGGCCAUUUUGACCGCGUGCUCCUCGUGGCUGGUGGCAUCGGCGCGACGUUCACGGUGCCCAUAUACCGCGCGCUCCGGCAGGACAGCCCCCAAACGAAGGUGGACCUGGUAUGGGCCGUCCGAAGCGCAGGAGAUGCAACGUGGGCGCUGGCCGGACAGGAGGACGGCAGGGCUAUUCUCAACGACAAGAGCAUUCACAUCUACCUGACGGGCGAUAUUGUCGAUGCUGUCCCGGCAGCUCCUGCCUCGACGGGAGGCUCUUCGUCAGUUCCUGGUGACGGGGACGCGGUCGAGAUGAACACUUUGCAACAUGACCACAGGAGAAACCGCUUGACUGCCAACGCCAAUAAUAGGAGAAGACCGGACCUGAAGAAGAUUAUAGACGACACGUUUAAACACGGGCUCGAAGAGCGGGUUGCCAUAUUGGUCUGUGGGCCGGAGGCCAUGGGCCGCGAGUUGCGGCAAUAUGUCGGGCCAUGGGUUAUGAAGGGCCGUUCUAUAUGGUGGCAUAACGAGAGUUUUGACUGGUAG